AUGCAGGCACAGCUGGCGUGUAUGCUUCUGCUCUGCUUCACAUGUGGUGGACUUUGCACAGAUGUCAACCAGGACCAGCGAGCGCUUGAAGAGGAGCUGCUCAGCAGUCUUUUCGCCUCUAAGAUGAAACAGAACAAGCAGAGCGCCCCCUACUGGCGCGUGUCGCUGGCCAACCUGUGCAGGAUGGUGAGCGGCCUGCGGCAGGAGGUGUGGAGCGGCGAGGAGGAGGAGGACGGCGAGGGGAGCCUCCAGCUGCUGGAGGAGCUGUACAACCUGCAGCACAUCUGCCGAACGCUGCAGAGCCGGGAGGAGAGGCUUCUCCAUGACUCUCUAGAGUAUUUAGAGGAGAACAGUGACAAUCCGCUGAAACGGAAAUCACCCUACAUCCUGAAGAGGCAAGCGACGCACACCGCCAAGUCCCGGAGGCCGUACAUCUUAAAGCGAAGUACGAUUUACUGA